AUGGAUACAGAUGAAACGUACCAAAGGAAAGAGCGUGCUGCACUUGUAGCCAUUGUCGUUCUUGCUUGUCUUGCUCUAUCUUCUUUGUUCGUUGCCUUCAGCUACUACUGCUAUAUUCGUAACAAAGUUUCUAAGCGUCACAGAAUCAGCAAGAGGUUUAAUUGCGAGGAGAAAGGCGAUUGUCAAAGUCUAGAAGAAGUUACAGACGGCGGGCUGCAGAUUUUCACUUUCAAGCAACUGCAUUCAGCGACUGGUGGGUUUAGCAAGUCGAAUGUGGUUGGGCAUGGUGGGUUUGGGUUGGUUUAUCGUGGCGUCCUUAACGAUGGGAGAAAAGUUGCUAUCAAGUUUAUGGACAAUGCAGGAAAGCAAGGGGAAGAAGAAUUCAAGAUGGAGGUUGAGUUACUGAGCCGUCUGCGCUCACCGUACUUGUUGGCUCUUCUUGGUUAUUGCUCAGACAAUAGUCACAAACUGCUUGUGUAUGAGUUCAUGGCUAAUGGCGGUUUGCAGGAACACUUGUAUCCUAACAACAGUAAGUUCCUUCUUCUAGCUUUGCCUCAAUUAGCUGAUAGAGACAAAGUAGUAGACAUAAUGGAUCCAACGCUUGAAGGACAGUACUCGACGAAAGAGGUUGUUCAGGUUGCAGCAAUAGCAGCAAUGUGUGUUCAGGCAGAAGCUGAUUACAGACCAUUGAUGGCGGAUGUGGUGCAGUCACUGGUUCCGUUAGUGAGAAGCCGUAGGUCAGCUUCAAAGAUUAGUGGCUGCUCUAGUAGCUUUAGCUUGGCUCGUUCUCCUAAUUCACCGGGCAAAGCAAGCGUCGCUUCUCAAUAA